GCUUAAUAAUGGAAAAAAUGAAUAUUGACCCAAGGCAACUGCCAGAAGAGUUAGAAGUAGAUAUGUUAAAGGAUGACUUAUCUACUUUUAAUAUUAAACCUAUUGGAAUUCAACUGGUUGAUACCAUAAAUCAAUUAAAAAUCCAAACACAAUCAAUCGCUCAUAUGAAACAGCAGUCUGAAUCGACAUUAAGCAACAAUAAAACAACCACCACAACAAAUGGAGAGAAGAAAUCUCCUGCACUCUUUUCCAUCACAAAUCAUCUUUAUAUCUUUACGAAUAUCUGCAGCUAUUUGGAACCCUUAGACUUGGUGUUGCUUCGAUUGACUUGCAAGUAUUUUAAUAAUCUCGUCAAGUCACCAUUUGACUCUAUAACGCAGCAAAUCUGGAAAAAUUCACGUCUAGCGUCAUGUGAAUUUUAUCAGUUGCCUCCACCUUUGGGAAUGUCAGAACAAUUAUAUAUUAAUAUGAUAUAUACCGAUAAUGGAUGUCAGAUUUGCGGAGAUUUGAUAAAGAAUGCAAAAAUUUAUUGGAACUCGCUAAUGGUUUCUUGUGCCAGUUGUCUGAAUAAGAAUGCCAUCAGUGAAAAAGCACUUCGAAGUGAAUGGGAUCUCCCAGAAGCAAUAGUAAAUGUCUUUAUCCCUAUUACCCUACAAGAUUUGUAUGGCGACUAUUUACGUUAUUAUUGGAUUCCUUCUGUUAGUCUUACAAUUGAGGAAUACAUUAAUCUUGAGCCUGCCGAAGAAAAGAAUUGGCUGAAAAGAAAAGAGAUCGAGUACCGGUUCGCAAUUAUGACCAGUCUAGAACGUGAAUAUUGGGAGAGAUGUCGAUACAUCAAAAAAUAUCAACCUACGAUCACAGAAGUACGAAAAAGAAAACCCAUUAAGCAUAAAGAAAUCGAGAGACCAUUGCAACACCAAACAUCUCUAGAUCAUCAAAUUCAACAAUCAGAAGUUUCACUUUACCCCACGUAUUACGAGUGGCUAAAGCAGCUUGAUAUUUUGCCAAUAUAUGAAAAUGAAUAUAAAGAUGCAUUGAAAAUCGCAACUGUAAACGACGAAAUAAUAAGACAAAGAAUUGAACAGGCCAAAUAUGGGAAAAGCAGCAAUUCCACUACUAUUCCACUUGCAGAUACUAUCAUUGAAGGUAAUUUUGUGUCUCAACGAGCGAACAAAAAUGUUGAAACAAAUCAUCCUAAAAAAUACACUAAUAAUUCACAACAACAGCCGAGAUUUAGAAACGCUGGAUACGCAUUACGUGCUCGAGCCACGAAAUUAUCAUCAUCAUCUUCAUCUUUGAAUGUUUGA